AUGUCUUUUUGGCCGUUUGGACAUAACGAUCACUCCAAUAUCCAUCGGAUACUGGAGGAGUACUUCCAGAUACUGCAUUCUCUCGAAAACCGCGAUGAGUUACGGGCAGAGCCGCGAUUAGCAGGGGAUUUGCCAACUCAUGAUGAAGUUGCCACAGGAUAUGCAGAAGACGUAAACGGGAUACAGCAUCAUUCGGAAGAUGAUAUCAGCACUGUGGGCUCCUAUCACUCUACGACUCAGCGCUCUAGUCGUGCACCUAGUCUGUCUCAGCUCAGCAGUGCAUACAUCGAUAGCAUCCUUGCGGAGUCAGAGCUGCUUAAUGAACUCACCCGCCAGAAUAAUACGCUUUUGGAUUUUCUUUGCUUUGGUUAUUUCUUCGAUUCUGACAACGUUAAGGUCCAAAAUAUCGAGUACUUGAUAGACCAGCUCAUGACAAGUGUAGAGCAGAUCCAAGAGGGACGUCCAAAUGGCAGUGGCGGGAAUGAUGAUGAUGAUGAUGACAACGACAAUGAUGAUGAUGGACGCAUACCAACCCUGCACGACGAUAACGAAAUUAGCAACGGUGCCGGUAAUAGUAACUUUGGUCAAGUAAAUGAUGAGGAAGACGAAGACACCAUUUCAACAUCAAAGGCUCGCCCAUCACCCUUAAACAGAGCAACCAUUAUUUCGGAGAUUUUUGCACUAGAUAUAUGGCUAAUCUCCGAAUCACUGGUCAAGAACACGGGCUAUCUUAACAAAAUAUGGGCUAUACUUCAGCAACCGAACUUCUCGGCUAACAAUUCCACCUUAGUCCCUAUUUUCCUCAAAAUCAACCAAAACCUUCUGAGCACAAGACAGGAUCAGUACCUCAACUUCAUUCGUUCCAAAACCACACUCGUGGAGGACCUUUUGCAACAUGUCGAAGUUUCGGUGCUCAUGGAUUUCUUGCUCAAAAUAAUAUCAACUGACAAACAAGAAAGUCCCACUGGCAUUAUAGAAAUGGUUCGCGAGCAGCAGUUGAUAAAUCGUCUACUAAGCUUUCUUGACAACGAUAAAUACGCCCCUGACGUCCAGGCCUGCGCUGGUGAUCUCCUCAAAGCCAUCAUAACAAUCUCGGCAAACGCACCUCUUGAUGACAUGUCUAUCGGUCCCAACUCGUUGACCAGACAACUCGCAUCAGAAGAAUGCAUGCUUUUCCUUCUAGGAACGAUAGUAAAAAAAAGAGGAAACGCACUGAUGAACGCGGUCUCUAUUGUGAUAGAGCUGAUACGAAAAAACAAUUCAGAUUACGAUCAAGUCAAUCUUUUGUCUACAACCCUUGAGUCCCACCCACCGUCCAUGAGAGAUCCGAUUUACCUCGGAACGAUGCUAAAGCUGUUUACAUCUAAGUUGGCAUCUAUUUUCCAGAUCUUGAUUGACAUCGAGAACGAUUCUGCUGGCAAAGAACUCGAAAACCAGCUAGGAGAGAAGUUCAAGCCUUUGGGGUUUGAAAGAUUUAAAGUGGUCGAACUGAUUGCGGAACUUCUGCAUUGUUCCAACAUGGGCUUGCUGAAUUCGAAAAGGGCGGAGCGCAUAGCAAAAGAAAGGAGCGAAGCAAGGAGGACUAUGACAAUGCAACUCCAAGACGCGUUGGUGGACCUCGAUUUACAAGAUAACGAAAAUACUGUCGAACCCUCCGAAGCUAAUGACAACGCCUUCGAUGAGGACGUUGAUGAGUCUUUUGAUAUACCCUAUAUCAACCCAAACCAAAACGCGAAACUAAGAGAAAACCCUACUAUUGGCGAUGCGUUUAAAAUUGAGUUAUACGAUAACCAAAUUCUGCCUAAAAUUGUUCAGUUGUUUUUGCAAUAUCCCUGGAAUAACUUUUGGCACAACGUGGUGUUUGACAUUGUUCAGCAGAUCUUUAAUGGUAGAAUGGAUUUUUCCUACAAUUCGUUUUUGGUUUAUUCGCUCUUCGACAACAAGCUGGCUAAAGAUUUUAUGACUGGACCACGGCAAGUUGUCGUGCGCGAUUUCCAAAUAACACGCGAUCUCAUUCUUCAAGGCUACAAGAAGUCCUAUGCGUUUUAUGAAACUCAUGACACAGCCCUCGGGUACAUGGGACACUUGGUCUUGAUUGCCGAGGAAAUUGUCAAAUUUUCAAAAGUGUACAAGGUUGAGCUGAUAUCGCCUGACAUACAGGCAGUUCUACAAGCGGAGGAUUGGAUGUUUUAUUCUGAGGAUGUUUUGAACGAUACGAGGAUCAUGUACUCCAAGAUCCUGGGGGGUAAUGACUAUAUGGAAGAAAAUAAUGACGAGGUCGAUGCAGCCAACGACGACGACGAUACCUAUUCCAAUUCUGGCUCCCAGCUUGGAGGUAACCUAAUAAGUGUGAAUGAAUUAACUCAGGAAUCGAACGCUUCGCUUUCCAAUUUUGCUACUCAAACCGAUCUGCACAUGAAGUUGAAGAAAAAGCUGAUAGAACAAUCUCAGGACGAAGUUGAUCGUCGCAAUAACGACCAGGGUGUCAUUAUUCUGGGCAUGGCACCAGAAACGGAAGCACCAUGA